AUGUUUGUUUCUCUAUUUCUGUUGGGACUCUGUGCUUUCUUCAUUCUUCAACUCAAACCUCCCAGACCCAAGAACUUCCCACCAGGACCCCCCAGUCUGCCUCUGCUGGGAAACCCGCUGCAUCUGAACUUAGAGAACCCCUUAAAGGACUUUGAGAGGCUCAGGGCGUCGUAUGGAAACGUCUACAGUCUGUUCAUUGGUUCAAAACCAGCCGUCGUCAUCAACGGGUUUGAGGCCAUGAAGGAGGCGAUUGUUGUCAAAGCUACAGAUUUCGCUGGAAGACCCCAAGACCUUUUUAUAAAUGAUGUCACCCAGAGAAAAGGACCCCCCAGUCUGCCUCUGCUGGGGAACCUGCUGCAUCUGAACUUAGAGAACCCCUUAAAGGACUUUGAGAGGCUCAGGGCGUCGUAUGGAAACGUCUACAGUCUGUUCAUUGGUUCAAAACCAGCCGUCGUCAUCAACGGGUUUGAGGCCAUGAAGGAGGCGAUUGUUGUCAAAGCUACAGAUUUCGCUGGAAGACCCCAAGACCUUUUUAUAAAUGAUGUCACCCAGAGAAAAGGUGUGGUUAUGGUUGAUUAUGGGCCGAUGUGGAGGGAGCAUCGCCGCUUUACUCUGAAGACCCUCAGGAACUUCGGUCUGGGGAAAAAGUCGAUGGAGGACAGAAUCCUUGAAGAAAUUCAACACACAGUUAAAACACUGGAAAAGAACAGCGGUCAAACUCUGAGUCCUCAGGUCAUGUUUCAUAACGCCGCCUCCAACAUCAUCUGCCAGGUUCUCUUUGGGAAACGCUACAAGUACGACGAUCAGACAAUCAAGCUGAUUGUUCGCUGCUUUGCUGAGAUGACUAAAAUAGCCAAUGGGCCCUGGGCCAUGCUGUACGACUCAAUCCCUUUAAUUCGCCACCUGCCGCUGCCCUUCAAUAAAGCCUUUGAAAACAUGGAGAUUUUUCUGAGUCAUGCUCGGUGUUUGGUGAACGAACACAAGAAAACCAGAGUCUCCGGAGAGCCACGGGAUUUUGUUGACUGCUAUUUGGAUGAAUUGGAAAAUAAAAAUGAUGAGUCCAUGUUUUCUGAGGAGCAGCUGAGAAGAAUCUCUUUUGAUCUUUACGUUGCUGCGACGGACACCACCUCCAACACCCUGCUGACUGCGUUUCUGUACCUCAUGAACUACCCACACAUCCAAGAACAAUGUCAGCAGGAGAUAGACCAGGUUCUAGAGGGGAAGGACCGGGUCACUUUCGAGGACAGACUCAGUAUGCCUUAUAUGCAGGCUGUGAUCCAUGAAAUUCAAAGGCUUGCCAACACUGUUCCCCUCAGCGCUUUUCACUGCACAACUAAAGACACAGAUCUUAUGGGAUAUUCCAUUCCCAAGGGCACAAUGAUCAUCCAGAACCUGAACUCAGUGCUGAGAGAAGAAGGACAGUGGACAUUCCCUCAUGAGUUCAACCCUGAAAACUUCCUGAAUGAGCAGGGAGAGUUUGUCAAACCUGAGGCCUUCAUGCCUUUCUCUGCAGGUCCUCGGAUGUGUCUCGGCGAAGGUUUGGCUCGUAUGGAGCUCUUCCUCAUCACGGUUACCCUGCUGAGGAAGUUUAGCUUCAUCUGGCCGGAGGAGGCGGGAAAACCAGACUUCACUCCAGUCUUUGGAGUCACUCUGACUCCUAAACCCUACACCAUGAAGGUCAAGCUGAGGUCAAAUCACUGAGGCUGUUUGUGUGAGCCACCAGAAACAGAUUAAACGACUCC